AGAACAACUGCUGUAUCAUGGUAACAAGGGUGGCAAGAAGUUGCAACUAUAUACUAGUAAAUUAAAGAGAUGAUAAUAAAACUAAUCGUUAACCCGUAGAAAAAUCCACGGGGUCGCCCGUCGCGUUUGCUUGUCCUUUAAAUUUACCCGUCGCAACAAAGUGGAUAAAAAUAUAUCGCAUUUGAUAUUCGUGCACAUUUUAAAAAUUUCGUGUUUCCGUUACGGGACGUCGCUUUCGCGGACACACAGACAGACGACGGCUAUUAUUAAAGAGAUUGCAAGGUUCUGACGAACAUGAUGUGCUGAAUUUCUAAACCGUAACAAUCCUGUGCUUUUUAAUUCGUGUCAAGAGGGAGGAAGGUAUAAAUGCCAGUGUGCUAAGCUUGGAAAAUAUAGUAAUUGACACAAAAUUAGAUUAAAAAAAGCAGGAAAAAAAAUAUCUAGUAUACAAAGAACCUAAUUAAGCAUGAACCAUGUGUAAUUAAUUCCAUGCUAAUUAUCUUUCGGCGAGUUACUGCGCAUGUCUAAGUUUUCAAUAUUUAUGGUGCAUAAACGCCCUGUUAGCUCAUUUCACUGUCGAGUACAGAGUGAAAGACACAGGAGGAAGCCAUGUGUAAAAACAUGAAGCUGGUCGUGAUAUUGUUUGCAUGUUUUGUUCGUGCAGAAUCUAGUGAGGUUUGCGAAGCUGAUUGGGAUUAUAGAGGAAAGAAAAUGAAUGGACCGACAGACUGGUCAAAAACUCAUCCUUCAUGUAGUAGAAGCCUCCAAUCACCAAUUAACAUUGAUCUAAAACAAUUAUCACCUCCCAAUCGCGACAACGUAAUUUGGUUUGACAACUACUACACGCAUCCUGCAGCUGGAGAAACUUAUACCUUAAGCAACAAUGGACACACGUUGAUUUUCAAGCUUCCAGAAAACACCUGUUAUUAUCUGAAAAAAGGUCCAGAUACAUUUGUACCAAUGCAAGCACAUAUCCACUUUGGUUCGCUAGAUAUAAAAGGAUCCGAGCAUUCAAUAAAUGGACGUUACUCUCAGGCUGAGGUGCGUUUAUUGUUAAGUUACCGAGAUCUAAAUUUGAGUUAUUUGUUAUUAUUUCCAUCUAUUGCUUUUAGAUACAUAUUGUCCAUCGAAAUACAAAGUACGAUUCUUCUGACGUCUUGCUACACAGUGACGGUUUGCUGGUCGUGGGCACGUUUGUUAAUUUAAAGCCACACAGGUCAUCUCCUGUCCUCUCUGAGCUAUCCCGUUAUGCUGGAAAGUUAAUUCAUCCAGGAAGCAGUGUAAAAGUUCCCGCUUUUCCUUUGAUCCAGUUUUUACCAAGAGGUGUUACUUUCAGGCGUACUCCAUAUGUCAAUUAUCGUGGUUCGUUGACUACUCCGCCAUGCGCUGAAAGCGUUGAUUGGGUUGUUUUGACGCACCGUGUGCACAGCAUAAGUAUUCGAGACUUGCAGGCAAUUGAUAAAGUUCUGGAUUGCGAGAACUUACCGAUAUACGGAAAUUAUCGACCAACACAAGCAACAAAUGGACGACAGUUGUAUGGAGUUAAUAUGCCGCAGAAAAUCAGAUGUUAAUGCAGGAAGUUUUACAAAUGAUUUGGAAACAAAAACCUUUUAAUAAAAUAUUGUGACACUCCAUAAGUUAAUUAGCAUUUAAAUUGCGCUAUUAACACUUUCUAACACGUGUAGAAAAAAAUAAAACGAUUUUUAAGGUCUUUUUCAAAAUCGUUCCAUUUUUUUCUUUAUAAACUAUGGCUGUUAUUUUAUCAUUUUUUUUUUAAUCGGUACAUUUUGUUGCACAACCAAAUUUUAACUUUGUAUUGUGUUUUAUGAAACAGUACGUUAUGAAUAUUGGCUUAUAUACAAUCGUUUUUAUCUUCACGUUCAGACUUUAUCAGCAUUUAUAUGAGAAACCACUUUAUAAGAAACUAUUUUAUAAGAAACUUAUUGGAAAACUUUUUUUAGUAAUCAAAAAUUUAAGAAACUUUUACAAGUUGAGCGUUUGUCUGGUUUCUAAACAAAGAAAGGUUAAGAGUUUUGACAUUGAAGUUUUCCAGUUAAUUCUUGACAAAAAUGGAUACUUAUCUUUAAGUUAUGGAUUUUUUUCAAGAAUUUGUCGAAGCGCCAUUUUUUUUUUUGCAGACAGAGUGUUCGAGGCCGAAAAACGUCCGAGCUAAUGGCUACAAGGAAUAUUAAGUUUGCAAGCUUAAAUCAGAAAAGACUAUAAUGAUGCAGCAUGUUUAAUCUUAGUGUAGUGUCUAUUAGUUAACUCAGCUGCUAUGAAACCUCUUUUGGAAUUUUUUAAGGGUAGACUGGUCAUGUUUAACCCUUUCCAUCUAUAUGUCCGCUUUUAUUUCCAGAGAUUUCUCCGGUCUACUGCAUUUUUGCGUACUGUCAGUCAACGAUUGAGAGUUUUGAAUUUUGUUUUGGCAAUGUCGCUUAAUAUUGGUAUGUCGAGGCUUCUAAGGCAAGGAAGCGAGAAUAAUGUUCUUUCGA